UGUUAGGAUCAAGUACGAAACAUUCUGAAUUCUCUGUUCUUUUCAAAAGAUGGAUGAAAAAUAUAAAAUGUUAGAAAAGAUAGAUGAGGGGAGCUUUGGUGAUAUUUUCACUUUACAAACACUGACUGGAGGACGCGUUUUUGUGUUGAAACAAAUAGCAUACAGGGGCAGUCUUCUGGCAAACGAAUACAUCGUCGGGGAGAUUGAGUGUCUGAGAAAAUUAAAGCAUGAUCACAUCAUCAAGUUUGAGGAAGUUUUCAUAAGUUCUAAUUCUGUUAAUUUAAUUCUAGAAUAUGCGGAGAAUGGGAAUUUGGAAGAUUACUUACGAGAACAUUUCCCAAUGAAGGGGGUAUUAUUGAGAAGAUUCAGUGUGCAGAUUUUAGAAGCGAUCGAAUUUUGUCAUUCCUUUGGGAUCGCUCAUAGAGACUUGACCCCCAGCAACGUUUUAAUCACUGCAGACAACGUCAUCAAAUUGGCUGACUUCGGUCUUGCGGUUUGUGCUGUGACAAACAAUGGUGAAAUUGUUUUGUGUGAGGAUUACCUUGGAAACGUCCCAUAUCUUGCUCCGGAAGUUCUGAAGGAAACUCCGUAUGAUGCUUUGAUGGCGGACUUGUGGAGCACAGGGAUGUUACUUCAUUACUUACUGUUUGGUAAAGUCUUACUUCACGGAACGGCGGAGGAUGUGCUGUACAAGUCAAACGAUAUAGCAACAUUACUUUGUAACGUAGACACUACAUCCUUUUCUCGGACAGAGAAAAUUAUAUUUGUGUAUAUUCAAAAUCUUCUGAAAUUUUUACCGAAAGAAAGAACUGCAAUUGGAAUACUGCAAAGAAUUGUGUCACACCAUUCCAUAACGAAAAUAUCCAACUGUGUAUCGAGUGAUCGCGUUUGUGGAAUGGUUGGAAAUAUGUCUGACAAUUCAGAAACUAAACUGGUCACUAAGCCAUCACGUGACAUUGUAUGUGGAAUGGUAUCAUGCGCAGACACUCUCAGGCAGGUAUAA